GUCACACAACUGUUGCGCUCAUUCAUAUUUUGUUUUGUGGCUCGCUGCUGAUUUUUUUUUAAACAAUUGGAACUACGCAUGAACUCAGCCAAGAAUCGCUCUAUUUAUUAUUUAUGUAAAUGCUGUUUUUAUUCGGAAUUUAUGUAUGUAACGCAGCAGUAGAUUAGCAGGAGCCACUUCAUACAAAAGGAACUCAAACGGAAUUUCAAGGAUACUCGGCCACAGGACUACAGCAACAAAAACACAGUCAUGGCUGACAAUGUGUUCAAGUCGCAAGAUAUCGGGCUACGCGCUCAAAAGAGAAUCCUCUCACGCAUGGCAACGAAAAAUAUUGCAAAGACAUUCAUCGAUGGGACAACGGCCUCGCUGCUGGAUAACCUAUACAGGCUGUGCAAGAUGCAUACCGGCAACAAGGCCAAGGCGGAGAAGCUGAUCAAGAAUAUCAUCAAAAUAGUCAUCAAGAUUGGAGUUCUGCAUCGGAAUAACCAGUUCAGCGACGAGGAGCUGCAAAGAGCCGAGAACUUUAAACGCAAGUUUCAGAACACCCAACUGUCCAUCAUAUCAUUCUACGAGGUAGACUACACCUUCGACCUGGCCUAUCUGCAAAAGUCGAUAGCGGAAUCGCAGGUGGCACUCAAGUCGAUUGUGCAACCGCAUCUGACGGACAAGUCAUUAGGUCGCAUCGAUGAGGUGUUUGAUUUCUUUGGCGAUGCCGUGCUUUUGGAGACAGCCUUCAAGCCGGACUCGCCCUACCGCGAGGUUAUGGGCAAGAUUGUGGCCGACAUCAACUCCUCCAUGGAGACGGGCGACAUCUGAGGGCUCUCAUUGCGUUCACUGAAAGGCUGCUUGUCGAAAGAAACCAAAACAACACAAAACAGCAUGAGACACUAAGAACUAGCUGCAAAUUGGAAAUGCUUGGCUUGUAAGCUCCACCCACCAACACCAAAACACAAAACACACAAAACUAAGGAUAGUACAGACAGAAAAGACAUAUGUUUAGGCCAGAGUUUAGUUCAAUUUUGGAUAGUGAUAUAUCAUUGACAGCAACAAAUAUCAAAAGUGAACAAAACGUCCGUAUUGUAUUGAUUUAUUUAACGACAAUGUUAACAUUUUGUAACGAUUAAGAACUACUACUUUAUGCAUUUUGCCAAAGGAAUUAACCAAACGGAAAUUGUAAACUCUAGCAAAAUGCUAGUAUCUGUAUCUGUGUGUUUGAAUGAAUGUAUCUUUGUACCUUAAAGCGUGCAAGUCGUGUCUAUGUAAAUGUGGAAAAU